AUGUUAUCGAAUAAUUCAUUAGUAGAUAUUGUAAUACUAACAUCAGGUUCAUCAUUAACUGAUAUGCUCAACCAACAGCCAUGUUCAACAACUGAUAGUAAUAAUUCAACAGUCGUUAAAUUUAUUAAAGCUACGAAAUCAUAUUGUCAACAAACACAAAAUUCAAAAUCGAAUUGCAAAGACAAUCGAAUUUUACCUGCAAAAAAGAAUGAUAAUACUAUGAGUGAGGAAAAAUUAUCAACGUUAUUCAAGACAACUGGUCGUGAACGAAAUUCGACAGGUCCUUUAAAACAAUGGCUUUAUCAAAAUCAAGAUCAUCCAUAUCCAAAUGAAAAUGAAAGAGAAGAAUUAAUCAAGAAAACAAAUAUGUCUUCAUCACAAAUAACAAUAUGGUUUACAAAUGCUCGUGCUAAAAUGCGUAAAGAAAAUAGAUUACCAGUAAAAAUCAAUGGCAAAAAGCAAAAGAAAAUUGAAGGUGAUCAUGAUGAUGAUUUACAUGAACUAAAGAAAAUUCUAGAUUUAUCAUUUUCAUCGGAUGAUACUACAACUGAAUCUACUAUUGAUUCAUUAUUACAAUUUAAUGAAAAACGAAUUGUUGUAGCAUAUUCAUGUUUAAACAUUCAACAAAUUACUAAUCUUCGAUGUUUUGUCGUACAACAUUCUAAUGAAAUAUCAAUAUCAGAUUGUAUAGAUGAUCAUACAACACAUUUAAUUAUUGGGAAUGAAGAAAAACCAUUAUUAUGUCCAUUAACAAUGAAAUUAUUUCAGUCGAUUGCUCGUCAUCUAUAUGUAAUAAGUUACGAAUGGAUUAAUGAAUGUUCAAAACAAAAUCAUAUUGUUGAUGAAAUUAAUUAUGAAAUACGUGGUGAUAUUCCUUUUGGAGAAUAUCAUGAUGGAAUGAGAAAAAGUCGAUUAUCAAAACAAAUGAAAUUAUUUGAAAAUUGUAAAUUUUUCAUUUUAUGUGAUGAUUGCCAAGAUAAUAUGACAAAAAAUGAACUAGCUUCAUUAAUUCAGUUAUGUCACGGUUCUCUUCUUAAUACAUUUCCAUUGACCACAGACAUUGAUGAUUCUAUAUUAACGAUUGUACUUUGUUAUGAAUUACUUCCAUUUGAUAAUUUAAAUCAACAAGAAUUAUUUAUUUUAUCUCGUUCAAAUGGAGUCCAUUUUCUUCAUCCUGAAUGGAUACUUGAAUCAAUUGUUCAAUUUAGUUUACAACCUUUUGAAUGCUAUGAAGAAAAAUUUUAA